CUGUUUUCUCUACAGCUGUGCUUUGAGUGCGGGGCUUUUAACCCUCAGUGGGUUAGUGUGACUUACGGCAUAUGGAUUUGUCUUGAGUGCUCUGGAAAACACAGGGGUCUGGGAGUACAUCUAAGUUUCGUUCGCUCUGUCACCAUGGACAAAUGGAAAGAUAUAGAGCUAGAGAAGAUGAAAGCAGGCGGAAAUGGAAAAUUCCGUUUGUUCCUUGAAGUCCAGGAUGAUUAUGACCCCAACUGGACUCUGCAGGAGAAGUACAACAGCAAAGCUGCAGCACUUUUCAGGGACAAGGUGGCAACUUUAGCAGAAGGGAAGGAAUGGUCCAUCGAGACAUCCUCAGCCAGAAACUGGACGUCUCCUCAACCAAAGACCAGCCUUUCUUCCUCUCACCGCCCAGGUGGAGCUGGUCAGAAUUCAGCCAACUCUAGUGACAAAGCUUUUGAGGACUGGUUGAGUGAUGACGUUAACUCUUACCAGAGUGGAGGCGGUUACAGCGGUAAUCAGGAGAAUCGUUAUGUUGGCUUCGGCAACACGGUGACUCCAGAGAAGAAAGAGGAUGAUUUCCUGAACAAUGCCAUGUCCUCAAUUUAUUCAGGCUGGAGCAAUUUUACUGUUGGAGCCACCAAAUUUGCUUCUAUUGCCAAAGAUAAUACAACCAAACUAGCAAACCAAGCCACUUUAAAGGCCACUGAGUUAGGACAGACAUUAAAUGAGAAUGUUAUCAAACCUACCCAAGAAAAGGUGAAAGAUGGCAAAUUGCUAGAUGAAAUGGCAGUCAGCAUCACGGGGCUGGCAAACAAGAUCCAGGGAGCUGGCUCAAAAAUGACAGGCCUCUUCUCUGGAAAAGAAGAAGAUGGGUCUGGUGGAGAAAGCUACCAGAACAUGGAUAGCACCGAGGGAUAUCAGGGCAGUUCCACUCAGCCCAUCUCAAGGGACUUCUGGGAAACCUUUGGCAGCAGCAACUCCUUAAAGGAGAAGAAGUCUCCCAGCAGUGACAGCUGGACCAUUGCAGAUAACUCUGCCAAGAAGAGCUCUGACAGUUGGGACAAUUGGGGCUCUGAAGGAGCGUCCAACAACAAAAACAGCACAGAGGAGAGCUGGGAGGCCUGGGACAGCAACUGGGAGAAUGCGGAUGGUAAGACAAAGAAAAGCCCUACAAAUGCAGAUGGUAAGACAAAGAAGAGUCCCACAAAACCAGCUGCGGAAGCCUGGGAUAAUGCAGAGUGGUAG